AUGAAGCCGUUGCUCGCGUUCCUCCUGCUUGGCCUCUGCCUCGAGCCACACGCGAGUGCCCGAUGGAGCGCCCGUUGGACGCCCGAGCCCCUGGAGGCGGCGGCGAAGAGAACGAUGCGCGAGCUCUCCCAAGGACCGCUCCAGGGACGUCGGCUGUCUGUGCUGGUGGACGUCGAAGCGGAGAAGUCGGUGGACGUGGGCAAUCUCCUCUCGUCCAUGGGCACUGAGGCCUACCUGACCCGCACUGGCGGCGAGGACGACCCGGGACCCGAGGCUUUCGAGGGCGAGCUGGAGGAUAACCUCGUCGAGGGCGAGUUUAUUUACGAGAACGCCUCGCGGGAAAUGAUUGUGGCAGGAUCUCUCGUGAAUUUCAGAUGCAAGGAAGUAUUGCUCCAGUCUGCACGCCUGAGUUCCUUGGAUGGGCGAGGCUGUCGAUUCUUUGAAAAAUCACAGAAAUCCGAAUGGUUCACAUCAUCAACAUACCGAACCAAAUUGUGUCUGGAGGACGUCUUAAUAUCGUUGGUCGACGACGAAGUGCCAUGGCCGCUGCUGUCGCCUCCGCCAUGGUGGGGGCCCUCGGCGGUGAUCAUCAUUAGCCUCAGCUUCCAGUGCCAAGCGGUACGAGUGUUCCAGAUGAAGCUGGUCGAGAGGACAACGUGGGUGACCUACCUCUGCCCCAUACGCAUCCCUAAUGAUCAGCCCCGCUUCUCUGUCCUGUCCUGGCUGCCCUUCGAUCCCGACCAGCAGCUUGUGUCCCUCGGCCUCUGGGAACCUGAAUCUUUCUCCACGUUUUCUCAGCUGUUCAUCGAUCGCUUCAAGUCCAUGGGCGGUCACACUCUAAACGUGGCCAGCGACGAUGAUGACGCCCCCCUCCUUUUCCUGGACGAAAACGACGAGUUCGAAGGGACGUGCAAGCGCAUCCUGGAUGCCUUGGCGGACACUUUCAACUUCACCUUCACCCUGACACACGGAGCUCCUGACUUGAAAUGGGGUGAAAUAGAAAACGGAACGUGGGUCGGGCUCCUGGGCGAGGUGUACCGCGGCAGGAAGGACAUGGCGAUUAACUACUUCACCAUCACACACGAACGAGCGCAGUACUUCGACUAUUCGAUAUCCUAUCACACAGAGGGGUUCGGUUUCGCCCUCCCAAAACCUCCGCCUUUACCUCAGUGGCGCAGCUUAGUGUAUCCUUUCACGUGGGUGGUUUGGGUGGGUGUGGGCGUCGUCCUCGUCUUCACUGGGCUGGCUUUUUUCCUCCUGACCUACACUCAACCUGUGGCUCCCGACGUCUCAUUACCGGGGGCUUUUGGGAUCAUUAUGAUGGAUCCAAACUCUUGA